AUGGAUAUGAGGAGGCUGAAGCUUGUCGGCCUUGUCGGCUCUCUUCUUGUUACCUUGGCUCAGGCUGGGAAUGGCGGAGACAGCAGCUGGGGCUCAAGUUCCUGUGCUACUGUCUACUCUACCGUGUGGUCAGUGUCAACAGAAUAUGUGCCGACCACAACGACCGAGGAGAAGACAGUUUACUCUACGGAGACCGACUAUGUGACAGUCACUACAACUGACACUGUCUACGUCACGGACACAACCACCCAGAUAUCGGUCCAACCAACAACGAUUGUUGACGUCACUACCGAAACGGAUAUUGAAUCCACCACCAUUGUCAGCCCGACCACCAUCCACGAGACAACCACAGUGGUUAAGCCUACUACUAUCGUGAGCCCAACGACUGUUGUGAGCGUGAGCACCAUCAUCAGCGUCCAACUGAGCACUGUCACGGACACGGUCCCUACCACCGUCAUUAGUGUUAGUGCCACAACAGCCACCGUCUCGACGUAUCCCGGACUCGUUACCUGUACGUCGAGGAUUGUCAACCCUACUUAUACUCCCAAAGCUCCUUUGCCCACCAAUUACCUUUGGGGAUGUGCUCCUGGCACUAUUUGCACUCCUCCACAGAUCGGCUGUAAUUGGGAACAAAACCCCCCGGCUGACACAUAUGUCUGCGCUCCGGAAGAAUGCAAACCUGUUCCUGAGCUCUUCUUGCCAGCGAACCUCAGUUCACUCUGGCCGAAUCCCACCGAGUCCACGUGCGCUUGGGAUGAAGCACCGCAAGGCUACUUCCACCUCAACCCGCAGCAUUUCGGUCUAAGCUUCGCCAUCUUCGAUGUUUACGGCCAACCUCUUUGCCCGGCUCCUACAACGACAAGUACUUGGGCUGACUGGUCUACCAUUGCGAAGCCCACUCCCCCGCCCAAGCCCACAUCGACGUGGGCUCCUAAGAUGCCUAGACGUGGACUGAUGGCUAACCCAAUCGCCGAGAUCGUGAGCCGACAGAAUUUCCUCAGUGCACCCGCGCAGUGCUACCGCAUCUACGAUGCUGCAAGUCAGGCUGGCCAAGCGGUAGGUCUGGUUUAUGACCUGCUCUGUCCGGCUAGCACAACAUUCCAGCAGGCACUCACUCAAUGUCGCGCAUGUGCUCAACAAUAUGCCGGCAGCUCCACUGGCACGGAAACCUUUCCGGAGCUUCAAAACUACUUCCAAUAUUGCCAGACUCAUACUUCCUAA